UUAACAGUGAAGAUAUCAUGUGGGUUCUGACAGUUCCCGCUAUUUGGGACGAUGCUGCCAAAGGCUUCAUGAAGGAAGCUGCAAAAAUGGCUGAUAUCGAAGACAACCAGUUAGUCAUAGCUUUAGAACCGGAAGUGGCAUCCCUUUAUUGCCAGUAUCUUCCGGUGGAGAAGUUCUCUGAAGGCGGGAAAGCAGGAUUUGCAAAUGCUAAGCCAGGGACAACUUACAUGGUUGUAGAUCUUGGAGGUGGUACUGCAGAUAUAACAGUACAUGAGAGGCAGCCAGGGAAUAAGAUUAAGGAGGUAUACAAAGCCACCGGUGGUCCAUGGGGAGGCACUGCCGUCGACCAUGCUUUUACACAACUAAUAAUAAGUAUUGCAGGAGGACCAGUCUGGGGCAGAUUUCAACAAGAGCAAACCUAUGAUCAUCUAGAGCUUCUCAAAGAGUUUGAAUGCGUGAAAAGAACACUAGGGACAAAGACGGGCGACUGGUAUACGAUCAAGCUUCCAGCGACACUGAAUGAAAUAUGCGAAGAAGUUCAUGGUCAAAAGUUUGCAGCCCUCGCAAAGGAAUCUCUAAUGGCUGACCAGCUGAAUUUCAUAAGUGAUAAAAUGAGAAUGAAAGUCGGUCUUGUUGAAAAGCUUUUUAGGAAGGUUACUGAUAGUAUCAUCCAACAUAUAAAGAAGAUCCUGCUCAAUACAGAUGCCGGCAGAAAAGUAUCUCUGAUACUUAUGGUCGGAGGAUUUUCGGAAUCACCGUUCGUUCAGCAAGAGAUGAAGUCCACUUUUACAGAUAAAUCGAAGGUGAAGAUCAUAAUUCCACAGCAAGCUGGAAUCGCUGUACUGAAUGGUGCAGUGUUAUUUGGGCGGAUGCCAGAAGUUAUAACAACAAGAGUUGUGCGAUACACAUACGGAGUAAUGGUCACUCCAGAAUUUAAGCCUGGUGUGCACCCAGAGGAGAAGAAAGUUCCAGGGAAUCCACCCCGAUGUUUGCACGUUUUCAGUCCUUUCAUGAAAGAGGGGGAAUCAGUUGAAGUGGGUCAUCAAGUGAUCGAGGUAUACAACACUGUUGUUCCAAACCAGAAAGAAAUGUCUCUUCGUGUGUUUACUGCGUCAGGGGGUAUUCCAGACUUCGUCACCGACAAAAACUGCCAGAUGUUAGGGACUUUAUGUGUUACAAUUCCUAAUCCCUCCCCAAAUGAACGACAUCUGAUUGUUGUUUUCCGUUUUGGAAGUACAACGCUUGCUACGUUUGCGAUGGAAAAAGAAAGUGAGAAGUUGUGCUCAACAGUUUUUAAUCUACAGGAGUAAAAGUCAUGUUUCUUAUAAAAUGUGAAAUAAGACUAUUGCAAGAACACUAGGCAUGUAAAAAUCUAUAACUAGGUUCCUGCUUUACUGUUACAGUUACUAUGUCUGUGUAGAACUGUUUAGGAAUGCAAUUCGUUGAAAAGUGAAAUUUUGUAGAUCUGUGACUUCUUUACAUUUCAAACAUAAUGACAUAUAGAGAUAACCUAUAACCAUGCUAUUAUAUACAAUCUGUGAUAUGAUAUAUAUAUAUAUUUCUUUAACUUGCAAUUGAAGUAGAGUUUAUAUAAAUGCACGGAAAUGGUAAAAGUCAAUUAAAAAAAGGAGACAAAAAAUUUCAAAAAACGAACCGACUGCUUAAUGUAACUUCCAUACAGCAACGACAAAUUUGUGGUUUCACUUGAACAGGUACAUACACUUAUCAUUUUCAAA